AUGGCCAAUACGACUCACGACGAUCUCGCCACUAAGCUGCUGACGCUUAUCAACGUCUCUGCUAGUCGCUCAGACACUCCCAAGCGCAUACGUUUAGAUGCCCCCGCGGGUGAAAAACUCGGUAAGAAGAAGAGAUUAUCCACUGGCAGCGAAGGCGAUGCACAGCAAGUGGAUGCAGAGCUAGCAAGUGAGGACAUGGAUAAAGAUAACAGCCUUGAAAAUGCACCUGAGAAUCCCCCCGAUAAUGCACCCGACGACGACGACGACGAAGAGAGCAAAGACACCCUCUACACGCACUUCGGCGUCUCACCUACAAGACUCACCGAUGAGAAUAUCUCCAAAGCUACAGAGAAGCAGUGGUCCUUGAAGCACUCCACCAACACCCUAGGCAGGUGCACUGAGUACUGCGUCGAUGACACAGGCAAGGACAACCAGAAUGUUUUUGUCAGUCCCAAGUUUGCUAAUAAGGGCGACACACACCUCCUCAACCUCCUCGGCAGCUACAAGGAUGUCUUUGCGAACCACCUCAGCCAUUCUGAGAACGAGAGCAUGCGCGGUUCCCUGACGCUGCAUAUGCACAACCAUCUCCUCAGAACUCGCCGUCGUGUGCUCAAGAACAAUGAGAAACUUGCGCACUUCCAUGCACAAGAGAACGAUAAACAAGACCCACAAGACCAGCAAGAUGCUCCCGAAUGCCUCGACCAAGGAUUCACCCGUCCAAAAGUCCUCAUCCUCACCCCUUUCCGCAACACGGCGCUUGCUUGGCUCAAGGACCUCAUAGCACACUCCCCAACUUCCCAGACAGACAACAAAGCGAGACUUUUCCAGGAGUUCUCCCUGCCUAAAGAUGCAAUUGACAAGAUCGCCCAAGCACCUCCAGGCACCUACCCAGAAGACCAUGUGAAAACUUUCGUCGGAAACAUUGACGAUAAUUUUAAAAUUGGUUUGAAACUCACACGUAAGUCGUUCAAGCCGUAUGCGGAUUUUUACUCUUCGGAUAUCAUCCUCGCUUCUCCACUAGGUCUGAAGCUGGCGAUGGAGAAGACGAGCGACACGGACUACCUGUCGUCGAUAGAGAUGGUUGUUGGUGAUCAGCUGGAUGUAAUAGCGAUGCAGAACUGGCAACAUCUCACGGAUAUCUUUGCCUCCCUCAACGCCAUCCCGAGAGAUGGUCAUGGGUGCGAUUUCGCUAGAGUCAAACCGUGGUAUCUCGACAAUAAAGCCAAGUUCCUUCGUCAGUCUGUUUUCUUGUCGGCUUAUGAAAUACCAGAAAUGCGCAGCUUGUUUGGUAGACAUUGUCAUAACGUAGAGGGGAAAGUGCGCACUGAGACACGCUACGGAGGUGUCUUAGGUGGAGUUAGUGGUGGUAUAAAGCAAUCAUUCUACAGAUUUGACGUAGAUUCUCUCCUAGAUGAACCUGAUAAUCGUUUUGCAAUGUUCAUCAACAAAUCCCUUCCCGCUUUGCAAAAGUCGGCAGUAUCGUCCUCUCACACACUUGUCUUCGUAAGCUCCUACUUUGAUUUCGUGCGCGUGCGCAACCAUCUCAAGGCGACUGGUGUCAAUUACGCUGCUUUGAGUGAAUACUCAACUAACAAGGAGAUAUCACGUGUGCGUGGUGCUUUCUUUAGGAAUGAAGUCUCUUUCCUCCUCCUCACUGAACGGUUUCACUUCUUUAGACGGUACAGAAUCAGAGGUGCGUUGACAUCCUUCUUCUACAGCCUCCCGGACCAUGCUGCGUUUUAUCCAGAGAUUGUCAAUAUGGGACUCGACGAGAGCAAGGGAAUCGAUGAGAGUGAUUUGCAGUCUAUCGCUCUAUACUCUAACUCUGAUUUUCUCAAGUUGCAGCGCAUCGUUGGUUCUACUGACGCUGCUUUGAUGGUUAAGCAGGGUACGGAUGAUAGAUAUUCGUAUAAUUAG